CCAAAGUCCUGCAACUGUAUUUCUCAGAGGGUUUUACAUUUUGCAGUCAACCAUGUUGCCUGUGAAAACUGCCCAGAAAGGAAAGGCCACAAGAGAGCCAGAGGGUUCGCAGCCAACCUUGUUGCAAGUGAGAACUCCCAAGAGUGGAAAGGCCAGAAGAGAGCUAGAGAAACGUGCCCCCAAGAUCGUUGAGACGGGGAAGAAGACGUUGAUUCUUCACGGUAGGAAGACGAGCAGUGUGAUUAAUUCUGUGUUAUCGGACCUUUACCAUUUGAAGAAGGACAGUGCUGUGAAAUUCAGCCGCAGGAAUGAAGAUAUUAGCCCUUUUGAAAGUGGGGGUGAUACUUCCCUUGAGUUCUUCUCUCACAAAACCGAUUGCAGUAUUUUCGUCUUUGGCUCUCACUCAAAGAAGCGGCCUGACAAUCUUGUCAUAGGGAGAACUUAUGAUCACCAUAUAUAUGAUCUUGUAGAGGUUGGGGUUGAAAACUAUAAACCAUUGGAAUCGUUUACAUAUGACAAGAAACUAGCACCGCGGGUGGGGACGAAACCAUUUGUUUGCUUUAUUGGAGAAGGAUUUGAAAGCGCAGGAGAGCUGCAACAUUUGAAGGAAGUUUUGCUUGAUCUGUUGCGAGGAGAGGUUGUAGAGAAAUUAAAUCUUGCUGGUUUAGAUCGUGUAUAUGUAUGUACAGCUAUAUCUUCUAAGAAAGUGGUUCUUACUCAAUGUGCACUGCGACUUAAAAAAUCUGGCACAGUAGUUCCACGGAUGGAGCUAGUUGAAGUUGGCCCCUCCAUGGAUUUAGUAGUUCGUCGGCAUCGCCUUCCUAACGAAAGCCUAAGGAAAGAAGCAAUGAGAGAAGGCAAAAAUCAGCCUAAGAAGGACAAGAAUAUUAAACAGGACCUACUGCGGGGCAAGGUUGGGAAAAUCAACAUCCCAGAUCAAAAGAUUGGAGAUACGGUGUAUUAUCACACAAAGGUUGGUGAUACAUUUGUGCCUAGCAAAACGAAGGGAGUUAAAAGGGAGCGACGCGAAGCUAGAAUGAAACACGAGGGUAAUGAGCGUACACCAAAGGUUCAAGACAUGCUAGAGCCCAAGAAAGCAAAAAAACUUAAAAGGGAGCGCCAUGAUCCUACAACAACCAGGGAUGCCGAGUGAGUCUCUUCAGACAAACGGACUUUGCAGCGGGUUAAGUUGAGUUACUCUCUGCUACUACCAGACUUUGGCUUUUCGGCCAGCUUGCAAGGAUUAGAGUCAGCGGGUGUAGUGGAUCUCCGCUGAGCUUGGGAUUUUUGUUCUUUCCAUAUUUCACAGAUCUAGCUUAUAUAAUUAGUUGCAUUCCCAGCAUGAGUUAUAUCUGUUGUAUUCCUUCUGCUUCCAUAGCCUCUUCCGUCUCCGCGAGUUAAAAUUAGUUACUGCGUCACCAAUUUGUUGCCUGAAAGGCUCUGUUAUUCGACCUUCCAAUGUCAAGAUUGGCUCUAUGUUAUGUACUGUUUUCUCUUUCUUUAGUUAUA